AUGGCAUCUACCGAAGGGCCGACGGCGACUAAAAAUGCCUUGCAAAAGGGUCAACCUUCUCAAAAUGCCCUCCCUAACCGGAAAAAGCCUAACUUGAAGUCUCCCAAACCUGCAAACCCUGCGCGGAAGUCGCCUGCCGAUGCGAAAGCCGACAGCAAUGCGACCAAAUCACCAGGUCUCUCAAGUACGAAGAAAUCAUCUCCAGCUCCCAAAUCGAAGGGCCCGAACAAGUUGCAACGUGCCAAAGACGUACCAAAGUCAACAGACAAGCCUCCAGUUCCAAAAGAAACCGGAACGGACGACCUAAAACAUGCAGAACCGGAACCUCUAAAAGAGUCGGCCGACAUGGAGAAUGGCACGAUCGAUUUGCAAGACAACGAGCAACAAGAAAGUGAGGAGCAACAGGAAAGUGAGGAUCAACAGGAAAGUGAGGAGCAAGACGAAGAACAGAGAGAAGACGCAGCGACAGGCCGUCCGAAGGCUUCUGGGUCGCAAGCAAGCUCGACUUUCCAACGCGGCAAAGAUGCCGCCUCGUCCCUUUCAGGUUUCGCCAAUAAGGCCAAGAAUGUUCAUUCUCAGCUGCCGGCCCCCGUUAAGCAAGAAGCUGCAAGUCGCAUGCAGAAGGGUAUGCAGAAUGUCACGGACAAGGCCCGGCCAGCUGCAGGUGAAGCAGCCAGCAAAGCUCAGGAGAUCCCAAAGGGUGCACCCGAUCUGCCAACUGACCUAUCUGCUCUGUCUGGCCUUGAAGUCGGUGAAGAUGGAAUGGUUCUCGAUGAUAAUGGCAAUCAAGUCGCUCGACUGGCUGAGGGUGAACCAGAAGACCUUGCUGGCCAGACUAUUGGCGAGGAUGGUGAAAUCCUAGAUGAGGACGGAGAUCUGAUUGGGCGCGUGGAGCUUCUCAGCGAGGAUGCUGCAAAGAAGCCAGAAGAAUUUCUGGAUGCGAAAGAAGGCCUGAACUUGGAAGAUCUGGCAAAUCUGCCUAUCACGGAAGACGGCUCAGUCAAGAAUAAAUCCGGUCAGGUAUUGGGCAGACUCGUCGAAGGUGAUCCAGAGGACCUGGUCGGUUCAACCGUGAAUGAAAAGGGCGAAGUUCUCGAUGAUCAGGGUGAAUUGGUCGGCCGCGUUGAACCUGUUUCUUCCAGUGAACUUGGCGAUACAGCAGGCGGCAUGCUGCCGGAAUCCUCUAUUCUCAAAGACAGAACGAUCAACGACGAGGGCAAGAUACUCGAUGAAGAAGGUGGCCUCCUGGGCCAAGUUUCGGAAGGCCAAGACCCGACAAAUCUGACCGGUAAAGUGCCUAACGAGCAGGGUCAGGUCCUAGAUGACGCCGGGGAAAUUAUAGGACAGGUUGAAGUGGUACCAGGGGAUGCCGCUGACACAGCAAUGCAAAAGCUCCAGGAAGACACACAAAAGGCCAAGGAGGGCGGACAAGGGGUACUCGACGAUAUCUCUGUCCUUGACGGUCUUCAGGUCGACGGAGAAGGUCAAAUUGCUGAUUCAGAUGGCAACGUUCUCGGUGUGCUAGACCAGGGUGAUUUAUCGGAAGUCAACGGGAUGACCGUGAACGACAAAGGUCUGAUCAUAGACGAUGAUGGCAACAUUCUAGGCAAAGCGCGAUUGGUAGCUCAAGAAUCAGCCGAGAAAGCUGCGCAGGAACUACCGCCCAUCUCCAAUCUAGAAGGCCUCAAGUGCAACAAAGCUGGCAAAAUUGUCGAUGAAAACGGGGAGGUUGUUGGUGAACUUACCGAGGGUGAUCCUCGAAAGCUCUUCCAAGCCGGUGCACAGCUUGACGACCGUGGUAACUUUUGGGACAACAGAGGUAACGUCAUCGGCAAGGCUCAGACCAUUCCCGUGGAAAAGGAAGAGGAAGACAGAGGACCAUUUGCCGAUAUGGAGGAUAUUCAUGUCGCAGAGGAAGGCUGGGUUUGUGACGAAAAUGGGAAGAGGGUGGGAAAAGUUGUCGAAGGCGAAAUUCGGAACCUUCUUGGACGGGCUGUGGACGAUGACGGAGAUAUCCUGGACAAACGAGGCAAUUUGUUGGGACGCGCAGAGCCCUGGGAAGAGCCGGAGCCGGAGGAAGAGGAAGUCGAUCUUUCGGUAUUGGAGGGACUCACUCCUAACAAGCUGGGUAACGUUAUAGGACCAGAUGGAGUGCCGGUUGCGCGUGUCAGCGAGGGUGACCUGAAGGCAGUCACCGGCAGGAAAGUCGACGCUGAAGGCCAGAUCUGGAGUGACGAUGGCAAAGUCAUCGGGCGGGUCACACUCAUUCCUGAGGACGAACGCGAGGGCUUAUCGCCAUUCAGCGGGUUCGGAGAACUGGUGGUUAAGAAAAAUGGGUUUGUUGAGGAUGAAGAUGGCAGCAUUGUCGGCAAGAUCGUCGAAGGCGACCCUCAGAAAUUACAGGGUCUCGCUGUGGAUGACGACGGGGAUAUUGUCGACAAGCGAGGCAAUGUCAAAGGACGGGCCGAGCCAUAUAACGCACCGGAAGAGGACCUGUCCGUUCUGGAGGGGAUGAAGGUCAAUAAGUUGGGAAACAUCGUGGAUGAAAAUGGCUCGGUUUGGGGACGCGUUACUUCGGGGCACGUCAAGAAGCUAGUCGGCAAACAAGUGGACGCGGAAGGUCAAAUCUGGAGCGAUGACGGGAAGGUGAUAGGCAACGCUGAGCUUAUCCCUGAAUCUGAGCGAGAACAGCCUGAAGGCAUUUUCUAUGGUCUUGAUGGCCUGAUGACAGCCAAGGAUGGAACGAUCACGGACCCUUCCGGCCAGGUUGUCGGGAGACUGGUUGAAGGCGAUCCAGCUCGACUUGUGGGUCGUGCUGUCGACGAAGACGGGGAAAUCGUCGAUAAACUUGGGAAUGUCAUCGGCCGGGCAGAGCGAUGGACUCCCGAGGAGAAACAGCGUGAGAUCAACCCGAUGAACGGUCGAAAGGUCAAUCGGGAGGGCGAAAUACGCGACGAGGAUGGCAAUCUGAUCGGUAAAGUCACCGAGGGCAACCUUAAAUCUCUGGUGGGCAAGACCGUCGAUGACAAUGGCUACAUCCUGGACAACGAUGGGAACAAAAUCGGCGAAUGCACCCUCCUGGAAAACUUGCCUGAAGAAGAACCCGAAUUGUCUCCCGAGGAAAUGGAACAGAAGAAGAGAGAGGAACACGACCGAGAUUUGGCGAAGAAGAUGUCGGCAAUUGUGCAGCAGACAUUGGAUUCGGUUGAACCACUAUGCAAACAAAUCACCGAGCAUCUUGACAAAGCCGAUCGCACACCCCGUGAAGAACUCGACGAAGAAAAGCUGGUGAAGACGGUGAAGCCUAUAAUUGAAGAGGCGGGGAACAUGUUGCAGGAAUGCAAAAGUGCUCUUCGAGCUCUUGACCCCGAUGGCCAAAUUGCAGCCUCAGCCAAAGCCCGGAGUACAUCACAUGAGGCCACUCCAGAGGAAUACCAGCUGGCCGAUCUACUAAAGCAGCUUUCUCAGACUGUCACGACUACGAUUGACAAUGGUCGUAAGCGUAUCGCGGACAUGCCUCAUGCAAAGAAGAAACUCAAUCCCUUAUGGGCCCUGCUCUCGGAACCACUCUUCCAGAUCAUUGCAGCAGUGGGUCUGCUUUUGAGUGGCGUGGUGGGCCUUCUUGGACGCCUUCUUGAUGGACUCGGCCUUGGAGGACUUGUCCGUGGACUUCUCGGUGGUCUAGGAAUUGACAACCUCCUCAGCGGUCUCGGCCUGGGCGAUGUCGGCAAGAGUUUAGGUAUGUCCGGUUGA